AACGCAGUAAGGCAAAAAAAUAGUCGAGACUGCCCUGACCUGGUAGGCGGGCACCUCCCCCUUUUCGACGGCGCUGAUUGGUCCUCCCAUCCCCAGCGCUGAUUGGCUGCACGAGGGCAGCGGCGGGUGCCCAUUGGUUGUGCGAACGGGAUAAUGAGCCGUGCGCAGAGUGAUAGGGAAGGGCGGGGUGAGAGUGAGUAAGCGCGUGUGUGGGGCCGUGUGCAAACCGCGUGUGGCGCAGGCAGCGGGGCUCUAGUAUCAAGCGGGGGAGAUCGAAAGAGAACCGGGCCCAUCGUCGCCCGGACGUGCUACCUAUCGCAGGAGGGUCGGGAGCCUGCAGGAAAUCAAACCGCAGUGAUGAGCAGCAACGAGUGCUUCAAGUGUGGACGUACUGGUCAUUGGGCUCGGGAAUGCCCUACUGGAAUUGGCCGUGGCCGUGGGAUGCGGAGCCGUGGCAGAGGCUUCCAGUUCAUGUCUUCAUCUCUCCCAGACAUCUGUUACCGCUGUGGUGAGUCUGGCCAUCUUGCCAAGGACUGUGAUCUUCAGGAGGAUGCCUGCUAUAACUGCGGCAGAGGUGGCCAUAUUGCUAAGGACUGCAAGGAGCCAAAGAGAGAGCGAGAGCAGUGCUGCUACAACUGUGGCAAACCUGGCCAUCUGGCUCGUGACUGUGACCAUGCAGAUGAGCAGAAAUGCUAUUCUUGUGGGGAAUUUGGACACAUUCAAAAAGACUGCACCAAAGUUAAGUGCUAUAGGUGUGGUGAAACUGGGCAUGUAGCCAUCAACUGCAGCAAGACAAGCGAAGUCAACUGCUAUCGCUGUGGCGAGUCAGGGCACCUUGCACGGGAAUGCACAAUUGAAGCUACAGCUUAAUUAUUUCCUUUAUCGCCCCUCCUUUUUCUGAUUGAUGGUUGUAUUAUUUUUCUCUGAAUCCUCUUCACUGGCCAAAGGUUGGCAGAUAGAGGCUACUCCCAGGCCAGUGAGCUUUACUUGCCGUGUAAAAGGAGGAAAGGGGUGGAAAAAUCAACUUUCUGCAUUUAACUCAAAAAUGUUUAUGUUUAGUUUGGUAGAGGUGUUAUGUAUAAUGCUUUGUUAAAGAACCCCCUUUCCGUGCCACUGGUGAAUAGGGAUUGAAUGGGAAGAGUUGAGUCAGACCAGCAAACGCUCUCCAGGUUCCAUGAGAGUGAUCCUUUGCAGGAGGAAGAAUAAAUCCUGGAAGUGUCUGAACUUCCACAAGUAACUAACUUUAAUUUUAUUACAAUGAUGGCCUUGGAUUGUCUGACCUCAGUAGCUGUUAAUAACAUCAAGUAAUGUCUUUAUCAGGCCCUACCUAGAGCAUAUAGCUGAGUGGGAGUAAACAAAACAGAUGCACGUGCCUGUUAGUGGCCGAGAGAGAGAGAGAAAUCAGGAAUAAUUAAACAAAGUAACAAUAAUUCAGUCAAUGAAUGUUAAUGUUAGCAAUACAGAAGGUAAUGGGAAGCUUUUUGAGUAAGUAUUUCAAACUAAAUCUAAAACCCAGAACAUCAGUUACAACAUACACAAUUUGGAGCUAUUCAGGAGUUGCAAAGAAAUGCAUUUUCACAGAAAUCAAGAUGUUAUUUUUGUAUACUAUAUCACUUAGACCAACUGAGUUUCAUUUGCUUGUAAUCAGUUUUUAAAGUAAAAUGGUAAGAGCAAUUGAAGUCCUAGAACACAGAAAUGUAAUUUUAAACUAUCAAUAAAGCUGGAGGAGGAAGGGGAGUUUGGCUAAAGUUCCUUUUUGUUUAGCUUUUGUUCAUGUACAUAGUGCAAAACACCAUAUUAAAGAGGGGAACGUGGAGGUGUUGAAAAGCUUA